CAUCAUCGCCGGCUUCAUGGACGCAACAUGGCAGCCGUUGCAGGCUGCAAACCUGCCAAAAGGGUAUCCGCCACUGCUUGUGAAGGCCACUGUCUCUUCAAAUAGCUACUCAAUCUGCUUGACAGAUUUCAGUCGCGUAUGGGAAGAGGCCUUGGACAGACGAUCGAUCAUCCGGAGAGCACUUAAUGAGGAUACUACUAUCGAUCCGAGCGAAGAUGCAGUUCAGCUAAAGAUUUUGCUGGAUAAGCUGAAAGGCGCUGUUCAAGGAGAGAAACAGACACAACGUCUUCUUUUAAGAGAAGCGGAUGAAAACAGCUUAAGGUUGCAUCUCAAAUCUCCGCUUCCAGCCCCGCUUGGCACUCUAGAAUGGAACGUCAACUUAAAACUCCAGGAUGCGGACUCUCUUCGUGGCCAACUGGUUUUUCCUCUUUUACGUAUAGCACACGCACAAAAAUCUCAGGUAGCGGAGCUUAUUGGGCAACUCAACGCCAAAGACCACAUUAUAUCGAAGUUGCUUGACAAGCUGGAAAAUUCCGGUAUGGGUAUAUCGAGCGUUUUCCCCGGCAUGUCACAAACCAAGACCUCAAGAAAAGCAUCUCAAAGGGAACAGGCAGCACGGCAGAUUCAUGGGUUAGGAGCAUUUGAUACCCAAAAGUGGCACCAGAGCCACGAGGUUACUCCCACAGGAAGUGUAUCCAUGGAUAAAAUGGUGGCUGAAGUUUUCAAUCAACCUGUAGCCCUGCAGGAUGAGAGCAGGAUUGAUGGUGCAAAGGCCGACUGGUGGUCAAAUUUGCCACUCAACGCCGAGGAUAUUGAUUUCGAUCGCAUUGAUGAGCAAUCGACUACUGAUGCUGGCACUGAUGUUGAUACGAAAGCCCAAGCGCAAGAAGUUCUGGAUGUGGAUGACAGCUUCGAGCGCCAAGAGACACCGCCUCACCUGAAAAAAAGAAAGCCAGGCCUCGGCCGAAGCUCUACGAAGUCGCCCACUCCGCCAAAUACGAACAGAAAUGUAUAUGACGAUGAUGAGACUACGGAUGACGACGACCUUGCCGUACCACCGUCCAGUGUACAACUAGCAUCAUCCCCGGUGUCGCGACCAAUAGAGAGAUCAUCAUCUGUGCCACGCAGUGGCUCUUUUACAAGAGCUUCAGGAGCUCCUUCAAGGGCUCGCAGGGAUGACAUCGCGGAUAGAGGAACAACCAGAUCCCCGGAUGAAUCGUCAUUGGGACAAAGGGCUUCAAUCCCGCGAGCUGAUGUUGCCCCAUCUGACGCUGAAACAGAAGAUGAUCUAGACUAUGCGGUGCCUCCAAGUUCUCCACCCGCACCGAGUGUGAGCGAGGUAGAUGUGGAUACGAGAACGCCACCGCGCAGACGGAAGCUCGGUAUGAUUGGUGGUGGCAGAGGAGCAGGAGACAGCACAGGUCAGAGCAUAUCUUCUACGCCCAUGCCCGAACCUACACCGGAGCCUGCUCCACAAUUGCAGCCUGCUCGCGGCAGGAUUGGUAAAAUUGGUGGAAGAAGGGCACAACCGUCUGAGACUCCCGAAUUGGCUCAAUCCCGAGAGUCCACGGGUUUUGGGACAAGUAAGCCUCAGUCGCCGGAUGCCAAGGGCGAUGGCAAGCGAGAGACCGGUCAGCCAUCGAACCUGCCACCAGAAUCCGAAGAACAGCGCGCAAAUCGGAAACGUGAAGAGCUGAAGCGAGAAUUGGCGGCGAAGUCUCAGGUUACGAAGAAAAAGCGCAAAUUUUAGGAAGCAAGCAACGAACUUACAAUUACGCACCAGCCGGUACAGUCCAAUCCAAGGAAUUAUAACCAUAGAGUCGCUUGAUGUCGGUCGGCUCAAAUGGGAGGCAAAAGGGAUUUCUAUUGGUGAACCUGAGCCUACCGCGCUGGUGGAAACGUGUGAUGACAAGCAAGAAAUUGAAGGCCAAACAAGUGAGGUUUGAUAGACAGUGUCGUUUCUAGAACGUCUUUGCUGUAAAAUGUCCAUAUGGCUGGCUGGAGUAUAUCGUUCGUUUUAUUUCACCGCGGCAGUUUCUCUUUAACUUUAUGCUUUGAAGGGGAGUGGAGAGGGUGUGAAGGAAGAUUACCUUGGGGUUUUGUCGUCGGCUUUUAUCGUGUUAGUGAUCGGGAGCUACAGUUUCAUUUCCCUUGCCC